AAUUCGGGAACACAACAGAUAUAUAGGGGCCUACUUCUUCUCUAUCUGGUGCCGACCAAUAUAAUCAUUAUUUUGCGGUGAAAGCUAGAUUGGGUUCACUAGCUGCAGAUACACGCGGACCAUCGUCUCUGGGUCUUUAAGCCUAUGCAGUGUUCUGACGUUGACCGAAUCCACUCAAAUCUCUCUCAGCAUCGUAAUAUGGCUCUCUUAAUAGCCGGCGCCGUUACGGCGGCGGCGGUUGGAGUUGCGGGCGCAACGGCGGGUCUGGUUAAACGCUUCAUGGACCGGUUCGUCGUCGUUGCAAACGACACGCCGCAUCCGAUCUCCGUAGCUGUGGAGCAUCCUCAGGGUAAAAGUCAGUCCGUCAUUGAGGCAGGAGAGUCCAUGAAGUUCACCGUAUCUAACAACAAAUCGAUCUCGAUCAAAGUGAAGAGGAGCACCAAACCGACGUACGAAGCAGAAGUUUGCGAUUACGAUUACAGCAACUUCAUCGUAAGGAAGGCAACGACGGGUGAUUUGGUGCUCGUCCGAGCAAAGAAAUUUAAGAUCUGGGAGGCCGAGCCCUGUAAGACGCACAAUAAACACGGGGACUUUGUGAAAGCGAGUUCGUUGGAUCUGGGCCAAUUCUAUUAA